CGCAAACACAAGGCUCACAUGCGGCGUGAAGUGAAAAAAGUGAGUGAGAGAGAGAGGGUGAGGGAAAGAAAAAAGACACACGGCUCCCGUUGUUCACUUCAAAGAUAAGUAAAUAGCUACACCUCAAGAAGAACGUGAGCCAAGUUCCACAAUGUCUGUGGCAAGAAAGGAGCUACAGGAGGCCUUGUGCCACUACGCAACAGACACCCUUAUCCACAUUCACACAGUGAGAGACUUCUGUGAAGAGUUCUCUACAUGGUCGCUCUGGAGGGAGACUGAGCUGGACAGAAUGAUGGACAUUAAAGAUGGGGUUGACACACUUGACCUCAAAAUCAGUCAUGUCUUUAAUUCAGAGGAAAAAUGCAAGGCCUUCCUGAAAUUUGUGAAUAGCAAAAUGAGUGCAGAAAGCAGGCAUGCAGAGCUGGAAAAGGAGCUUACUGAAGUGCUGGAGCACAUUUUGAGAGGCCUGGAGAAUCUCAGCUUAUUCCUGGAUGCAGUGGAGAAGCUGGCAGUGACAUCACUGCACAUAUUCACAGAGAACCAAGUGUUACACCUGCCUGAAGGGGUCACCCUUGGAGAUGUUAAAGAUGCCAUCAUCACUGCACAACAAAUCUGCCCUCUGCUGUUGGAGUUUAAAAGAGAUAACAACGUCUUCUUCCUUCCUAAACUUCAUAAUGUGGAUGUGCUGAAAUAUCAGCUGGACCGAUACAUACAGACCUCUCAGAAAAUCUAUAAAAAUUUUGAGAAUAGCUCCAUAAGAGAUAUUUCACUGGUGACCUUGGAUGUUGUGGUGGACCUGAAUGUGGAUUUGUGUGAUGACAACAUACAAAGUAUGCUUCAUCACAUAUAUCAUCUUGAAAAAAUCAGGAUGGAUCCAAACUUCAGACUAAUGUUCUUGUUCAAGGAAAGUUCCUGUCUGGAUUUCAUUGGCAAGUUUGACGAGCAACAGCCCAGGAUGUUGGAGUUUCUAAAUGAGCUGGAGCAAUGUGCUCUUAAGUUAGAUAAGCUGAGUAAGGGGGUAAAGAUCUCUAGUGUGGCAGGCAGCUCAGUGGGGGCAGUUGGGAGUGUCCUGUCCAUUGUUGGUUUGGCAUUAAUUCCUGUAACAGCAGGAGUGUCUUUUGGUCUGACAAUGGCCGGUGUCGGGCUAGGACUCACCAGCGCACUCAACAGUGCUGUGACCACUGGAGCUGAGAUUGGAGUCAACCAGAAACAUCAAACAAAAGCUGGUGAAGUAUUCCAGAAAUUCACAGAGGAUGUGAAGGGCCUACAGGCAUUUUUGCAGGAUGAGACCAAUCAGCAUAUUUGUCAAGCAGAAGUCUGCCAAAGUGAAGACCUUACCACAAAUACUGAUACACUGGUGGCUCAGGAAGCGCAAACAAUACGUAAUGUACCCAGAGUGGCCUCAGACAUCCCAGAGAUUAGUGAAGCAGCAAUCAAAGGUUCUCUUGCUGCCUCUAGGUCAGCCAGGGCUGGUUUCAUUGCGGUCAAUGCACUCUUCCUUGGCAUGGAUAUCUUCUUUAUCUGCAAAGACAGCGUUAGUCUAGCUAAAGGCAUUGAGAGUAAAGUCUCACAGUUAAUAAGAGCCAGAGCUACACUUUGGAGCUCAGAGAUGAACUCAUGGCAGAAAAUACAUGACUCUCUGAAGAAAGGCCUGCUGACAUCAGAAAGAAAUAAAAAGAUCUUGGAGGCAUCAUUUUACCCAGAGAUGAAGAAACAGAGAAUAAGUGAAAUAGAAGCCCAUUCAUCUAUCCAUUACAAUAACCAUGUAAUCAGUUCGGUUAUUCAAUAUAAUUCCUUUUCAGUUCAGAGGUUCUGGAACCUAUCCCCACCCUGGACAGGUGGCCAGCCUAUUGCAGAGCUCAAGAUUGAACAAUUGUUUCUAAUUGUUACAGUUUUAGUUGUUUUUUUGUGGUUUAUUUUGAAGGUGUGUGAUGCUGCUUUCUUUUACCUGAUGUAGGUAUUGCAUUUCUUUUCAUGGAGUCCGUGAGUUAGGUGCUGCAGAUCAGGAAUUUAGGUACUUAAACUGGAAUACAGAGAUUGACUUUUAGCAUGACUCCAUGAACCAGUCUGCCAAAAAAACUGAGACAUCCCUGAGAGUCUAAUAAAACAUAGACUUGUAUUAUAGAGCACAGUCAGUACAUAGGCAGUUAAAUGUGUAGUUGACUGAACCUGUGUAUUUUUUAUUGCUAUUAAGAAAACAGAUUGAUUAAUAGGCCAUCCAUAAAGAAACAGAACUACAUCAGUACAUUUUUUCAUUUUGUUUGAUUUUUAAAAACUGGAUCUAUUUUUCGAAAGCUAUGAUGUCCAUCCAAUAUCAUCUUUACAAUGUAUUUGUAAAUGUUUAAUUUUAGAAUGAAAUUUCACUAUUUAUAUGUGCUUCACUAAGUUAUGUUUUCAUGUUGUCAGCAAUGGUAGUGAAUAAAACUUACCACAAGCUUACUGCAAGAGAAGCGUAACCUCUCUAAAUCAGAUUUGUGAUCAUUCUGAGCUAUUUCAUAUUUUAUUUAGGCUUUUGUCAUGUAGAUUUGCAUGUACCUGUAUACUGCCACCUGUAUAACCUAUAUAUGUAACCUUUGUGUCCACGGCGGUGGGAUUCAGUCUGACGAUCCGAACCACCAGUGAGACGUCUGAGGGUGAGAAACACUAUUUUGGUAUAUAAAACCGCCGCAAAGGUUUAAAGUGACAAAUAAAAUAGGUUAGGUUCGCCGAAAGGAACCGAAUUAGACUUAGGUUAGAAGUAGCCGCAAUUACUUUGUGACAAAUUAAAAUAGGCUGGGUUUGCUGAAAGGAACCGAAUUAGACUGGGUUUAGAGGUAGCCGAAAUUACUUCAUGACAAAUUGUAAAAGCGCGCAAAUGUUUAUGUGUGUAUGUGUCCGGAAGUAAGUUGAUUUUUGUGGAGAUACAGAAAUUAUUUUUACUGCAAUAAUAUAACCUCCAUUAUUAACAUUGUCUUAAUAAUAUAACUUACAGGAUUGAUAUUGUAUUAAAGAAGUUUGCCAUCAUAUUAACCUUUUUCAUUACAGGUGUAGGUAUGAUCAUUUUAUACACAUUGCAUAUUUGUGCUCAUUCAGAGUUGAUGUUCAGUCUAUUAAAGGUCUCAAGCUUUGUGAAGCGCUAUGUCUUCACAAUCCAUUGUGUGGGUGACUUAGAACAUAGAAGGCCGCAUACACGCUUACAAACACAUAUAACCUAGAAACCUGCCAGGCCAAAGGCCUGGAAUUCAUUUAGCUUCUAACUGCAUUUUAGUCUACUUGGUAACAGAUGACAAGAGAUUAGUUAAGAAAAGCACCAGCCUUCAGGGACCAGGUAGGCUUGAAAUUUAUUGCCAUGUAUGGAAAGUGUUAUAGAAAACGGAACUUUUGUGUCUCUUUUUAGACAUUUAACCUCCUAGGACCUGGCGUCCACAUAUGUGGACAUCACAUUUUGGGUUGUCUAGACCAAAAUACUACAUUUUGUUCUACAAGGGCCUGAUAUCCAAUUACUAGGACAUUAUACUGCCA